UUUUCUAUAUCAGGAUUCAGCCUUUCCUCCUCGGUGCCGCUAUAUCGAGCUGUAUCCAUCCACCAUCGUAUCUUGUGGAGAAGAAUUCCUGCCCCGAAAUAUGCAACGAGGAAACAAUGGCGCCAGAAGGGCUCGAGGCCAAGCAUCGCCGCUUAAUCGUGGCAGAGGAGGUCGUGGCAGAGGAGGUCGUGGCCGCGGUCAUGGCAGAGGCGAAUUUCAUCCUGCAGCAGAAACAGAUUUUGUUGUACAGAUGUAUGGCGAGAACACUAUACCAGCGGGUUAUCAUACGCCUCGAGGACAAGCACGGAGAGGCAUAGGGUCACCUCCUGCAAACUACGAUUCUUACUUUGCGCCUUCAUCAGGGUACUCUUCUCCCAGAGGGAGGGGGGGACGAGGCCGUGGCAAGAAAAAUCGUGGAGGCAGUGACGGGCCGUUGUCCAAACUACUGUAUGAAGAUAGGCCAUACCUGAGGCCAAUUAAAUUUGUUCCUUCUGUGAAUGCCCGCGUUCUAUUCCAGGAGCAAGAGGAAAUACUCAAACCAAUUGUCGAAGAUGUCGGUGAUGAGGAGAAAAGCCAUGUCCCAACAGCGGAGCGUGUCGCACGUAUUUUCAGUGGCGUAUCCAAGCCGCCUGCAUGUAUAGAUGACUCGGGUGGUGAUGAAGAUGAAGGUCUGGAGGAGAUAGAUUUUAACGAUCUAGCCGCUUUCCAGCAAAAAGUUGACAUGGAAGCUGGAUCGACAACCCAACUUAACCGCACGGAACAGGUCGAUGGUGAAGAGAAAUUUACUGGCGUUUUCUUUGACACGGCAACAUUGAAGGAAGUCGCCACUUCCAUCACUGAACUCUCAGCCUCUCAGGACGACGUGACGAAAGAUAAUACCGCUGAAUCUGCACCCCCGAGUGACAGCGCACCUGUCAGCGUGACCAGCUCAAUUGCUGUUCACAUAGCAACAGAGACUGUGGUCAUAGAGGAGGCAUCCUUGCCCACAGAAGAAUUGAGCUCAGAAAGUCGGCCAGCGUCAGCGGGAUCGGCAAGUAUCCCAACUAAGGUGCGGUCGUGUUCUACUCCAAUGGAUGAAGAUAUCAUUUUCCUCUCUACUGCCUUAACGGAAAAGGCGACCGCGUCACCCCCGAUACAGAUGUCGGACGAUAGGGAACCCGCAAAAGAGCAAGAUGAGCUAUCAUUAUUUUUUGUCGAUACUACACCGGCACCUAUUGUGGCAUCAACCUCCACCUCUUUACAUAUCCCUCUAAGUGCUGCACCCGAGGAGAAAGACGACGACGAUGAGAUUGUGUACGAAGCGCCUCUCCCUCGUUCAGGAGUAGCCACACCUGUCUCGUCCAAGCCACCCACCUCUACUUUUCCUCCAUUGUCGUUCUCGUACCUGCCCUCCCCCCAGAAGCUCGCGAGACGUCCCCAUCCUGCUCACAGUAAAACGAAGAGCCAGCUAAGGGAACGCCGGCAAGCAGCGUGGGUGCGCAAACGCAGGGGAAGCGGGUCUCUUGUAGCUCUUGGUGCUAAUGUGGCUGAGGCCCAGCCGUAUGGAGGUAAAGAUCCAAGGCAAGAUGAAAGGCGAAGGGGAGAUUCUGACGUCGAUUGGGGAGAUGAUACUGACGACGAAAUAGACAAAGUUGUGAUCGGUGUCGAUGGAAUGGACCUUGACCCAGAGCUAGAGUUGGAUGUAGAGGCAAUGAAGCGGUUCGCAAGCGGGCUGGAUGGAAACUUUAAGACGAUGGAUGAUAUUGAUGACGAGGAAAGAAUGAAGAAGGAAGACGAAGAAGAUGAGGAUGAUGAAAGCGAAGAUGACGACGAUGAAGAUGAAGACAGUGUCCGCCGGGCUAUUGAGGGAGAGGAAACUAUGAUGCUGGGGGAUAGUGACGCCGAAGACGAGGAUCUUAGCCCUGACUCCAGUUUCCAGAAGCGAUUGCAAUGGCUGCGUGAAGGUUUUAGAAGUGGAAAGACUGAGAAUAAUCGUCAGGUCGACGGGGAUGACGGUUCAAGCGACGGUGAGGAUAAAACGUGGGCGGAAAAGGAUGACGAUUUCAUCGCGCAUAUAAACGACAAACUCGACGAGAAUGAGUCAACUCUCACGGGAAGAGACCGUCAGAAGAAGAAGCAAGUCUUUAACGCCAUCCACAACGGUAGCUUUGACGAUCUUGGGUGGAUGCCAGCUAAACGGAAAAGAGAUAAAUGUAGAGACCUUCCGCCAGAGCUCCGGGACCAGUGGGAAAAGGAUCGGCAAAAGAAAGCCGAGUAUAAACGUGAACGGGAACAAGCGCGCCUUAUCCAGGCUGCAGACCCCGUGGCCGCUAAGAAAGGCGGAAAGAAGGGUCGAAAAGCCAUGCUAGCGGCUGCGAGAUUGGAUCCUACCAUCAUUGCUAUUCCUAAUCGCAUAAUCGACAUGACGACUCUCGUGCAGCAGAUACGACAAUUUAUCGCGAACAUAGACGGUCCUCAGUCAAUGAGUCUACCACCAACGAAUAAAGGGACCAGAAAGAACGUUCAUAAAUUGGCACUGGCUUUCAAUUUGAAGAGCUUCAGUAAAGGAAAAGGGGACGCGAGGUAUACGACAAUGACAAAGACGACCAAAACGGGUGUCUGCGUCGAUGAAGCCGAGAUUGCGAGGAUAACAAGGAGGGGAGGUGAUUUCGGGGACGAGGAGUUUGUCAACAAGAAAGGGAAAGGAAAAGGGAAAUUAGUGCCAAAGCAUAAGGACGGAGACGAGGUCGGCAAGGAAGCACCAAGGAUAGGAGAGUCGAACAUCGGGUUUAGGAUGCUGGCUUCGAUGGGUUGGUCUGAGGGUGAUCAUAUUGGUAUUUCUGGUGGCUUGAAGGAUCCAGUGACGGCUGUAAUAAAAACCACCAAGCUGGGAUUGGGUGCAAGAAAAUGAGGAGAAGACGACUCGAUUUAUCAUUCGAAGGCAGUAUUUUGUGUAGAUGAUCCGGUAAUUAGACCGGUGACCUAUUUCAUGACUUGCCCUCAAAUAUUUCGAGCAAAUCAAGAGCAAUGGCUCUUCGACCUCUGAUUGCUAUCUGCGGUACCACCGGUGUCGGUAAAUCCAAGCUUGCUAUUGAAAUAGCGCAGCAUAUUGCCAAGCAAGAGGCAUGGGAGGGUGCCGAAAUCAUAAAU